CUAAUGUUAGUCGUGAGUCAGGGCUCUCGCUGUUUCCAGUGCUGUACGUCUCUACUCAUUCUCUGCGCCAGUGCUACAACGUAAGACGGAAGUCACCCGACAAAGCACAACGCAGUCGCCUACGUCUGCUUCGAGGGACGACGGUCGCGGACAGCUGUGGGGCACGGCGAAGUGGUGACGGCGAGUAGCCAUAGGGUGAAGACUGACUGGACCAGGGAGACGCAAGCGAAACAGCGGAUCAUGCUGGCCGAGACUUCGUGGCUGCGUGCCAUCCUCGUUGCUCUGCUGGCGGCUCCACACCUCGUGGGCGCCUCCGACAAGAGGCCCGUGUACAACAUCUACCACAUGGUGAACACGAUCUGGCAAGUGGACGAGGGCAUGCAGCUGGGAGCCAACGCCAUCGAAUCGGACGUCACCUUCGACAGUGACGGCACCGCGUCCUGGUUUUACCACGGAGUGCCGUGCGACUGCUUCAGGUUGUGUAACCGUUACGAGCAAGUGCCUGCUCUCCUGCGGUACCUCCGGCGAACAACAGACGGGGGCAUAUAUGAAAAGCGCCUCACCCUGCUAUUUUUGAACCUCAACGCUGGCAGUCUUUAUCCGGACAAGAAGUACGCGGCAGGCGUCGACAUUGCGAGAAAUCUCCUGUCUCAUCUGUGGCAUGGAGUCCCUGUCACGAAGGCGUUGAACGUCCUGCUGGCAGUACCCAGCGUCGACGAUGAAGAAGUGCUCCGGGGAGCGGUACUGACCAUCCAUCGCCAAAGGCCCGAAAUGAUCGACAAGAUAGGAUUCGACGUCAGCAACAACGAGGACCUCAAUACUAUUGAGGCGAUGUACCGGCACCUCGGCAUACGAGGUCACCGGUGGCAAGGAGACGGUGCCAGCAACUGUGUCUCUUACCUUCGACCUGCCGGCAGGAUGAACAGCGUCGUCGCAAACCGCAACAAGGGACAACCACACGGCUUUGUCGAGAAAGCUUACCAGUGGACCAUCGAUAUUCCGCAGCAGCUCCGACUGUCCCUCAGGAACCACGUGGACGGUAUAAUCACAAACAGACCGGACCACUUGGCAUAUAUUCUCAAGGAGGCAGAAUUUCGAAGCACGAUGCGACUAGCCAACGCCUCUGACAACCCGUGGACUACUUUCGGAUGUCACCACAACUGCGAAAGCAAGCCCUUCAUUUCAAUGGACGUUCUGAGUCGUUCUCAUUCGUUCUGAGUCACGACUAAAUCGAUGGGGCUGCCAUACAUGCUUAACUUAAACAGCCAGGAUGCCAAUAGAAUAAAAGUUUAGUCAUGAUUCCG